AUGAACAACUUCCGCUGGCGCAUCAAGAACCGCCAGGUCAAGCGGUAUGGCGGGGUGUACCUGGUUGUCACGUCGAAGACGGUCACCUGCUGCGUGGCCGACGCGGCCGUCGUCUCGCAGAUCGUCAACGCCAGGAACGAGUUCCCCAAGCCGAUCUGGCAGUAUAGUCCGUUUCCUUGUCUGCCGUGCGAGGAUAAAGAAUGGGCCCAUCACCGGCGCCACACAGCGACAACCUUCAACGAGAGAAAUAACGAGCUCGUAUGGAAGGAGUCCAUCCGCCAGGCCACCGAGAUGCUGCACUACUGGCGCCAAACCGCCUCCCCCCGCCCCGACACCCUCGCCCUCAACGACAUCAGCGAGGACAUCGUGCAGUUCAGUCUGAACGUCAUCUCGGGCGCCGGCUUCGGCGUGCAAAUCCCCUUCAAGCCAUCCCUCUCCCGCGCCAACAGCCCCAACGACGCCGACAUCUUCCAGGACACAGCCUGCCCACCGCCGGGCUUCGACUUCACCUUCCGCUCCGUCGUGGCAUACACAGACGUCAAGAUCCGCACCGUCGUCUUCGCGAACCUGAUGCUCCCGCGCUGGCUGCGCCGGCCGCUCGCCCCGUUUCUCAGGCGCGCUUUUGCGGCGCACCGCGACCUCGAGAACUACAUGAAGCGGCUGAUCGAGACCGGGUCCGCGUCGUUCGCCGGCGCCCACGGGACGAAGGAAACGGCGUCGAAUCUGAUCCACGGCAUGCUGGCGUCGCGCGCAGACGCCGCCGACAAAGCGAAGGGCCUCUCCGACCGCGAGAUCAUCAGCAACAUGCACAUCUUCACGCUGGCCGGCCACGGCACCACCGAGACCUCGCUGAAGUACGCGUUCGUGCUGCUGGCGCUGUCUCCGCGCGUGCAGGAGUGGCUGCGCCAGGGGAUUCUCGACGCGGUUGGAAAUGAACCCGCAGAUCCGGCGCAGUGGGAUUACGCCGCUGUGUUUCCUAAACUGGUCACCCCGUUGUGCGUGAUGGUAUGCUCCCCCCAAGCCAGUCGCGCGCUCUCAAGAUCCUAA